AAAAAAACUUCUUUUUUCAUGGGUGUUUGCAAUACUGAAUAAAUUCAAAUAUUAAAUCUGAUAGCUCACGACUUAACCAAAGACAUAGAUAUCAUGGAUUGGAAAAAAUCGGUCCAGAAAGCUACGGCAUUGACGAUUGAAACAAAUGACUAUGUUUCAUAUUGCACAAUGGUCGAAAUGCUACUAGAAAAAAAUUUGACCCGGAAAGAAGAGGAUCAGUUAGAUUUAUUACGUUGCUUAAAUGAUGAGCUUCGAAAGCCGGAAUAUGACCAACUCACGAAAGAGAUUGCAUGGGAUGUACUAGGAAUGUUGCUGCCAUAUGUGAAUGGUUGCUCUUCAGAGGAAGCAGUAAAAUUUAUGCGUUUUUUGGCAGAAAAGGGAAAUCCUAAAGAAGUUUUUUUAAAGUCUAAUGAAAUCCUUACGAAUAUGAUGUUCCAGAAUCUGUCUCAGUUCGAGGUGACUGUAGACUCGAUGAAUUCAGCUAUUAACAGAAUUGAAACCAAUAAACCAUUGGUUUUUCUUGAUAGUUACAUAGUUUCUUUGUAUUCUGGGAUUACUAGAAUCUUACUUGUGAAGGAAGCCAACAGAUUUCGCAUAUGGGAUAUGUGCUUGGAUUCAAUUGGUAAAAUAACACGACGUUUUGGGAAAUAUUCAGAGUGUCAUUUGAAUCUUAUGGCAGCUUUUACAAUCUUUCUUCAACUGUUCCUUUCCUCUGAAUGCUUGUUUUUCUCUUUCCGUGAAUUAUUGAACUCGAAACAUCCUCAUGUAGAAUUUCGAAAAAAUAGAUUUUCUUAUGAUGUUCAACAACUACAAGAAUUGGACUCUUUUUUGGUACGAUUGUUAGAUAUUUUCGAUGAAUUAUGCUCUAUGGGCGAAAACGGCUGGGAACAGUUAGUAAAACGAUUCUAUGUUCAGAUUAUGAAUCUUGAUAGCGCUGAAGGAAGUAUUUGUAAUCAGGAAGAGGAAGAACAAGAAGAGGAUAUGCAUCAAAAAGUAAUGAUAGACAACAAAGGGUGUGUUGCUUUGUUGACGAUUCGGAGCUUUUAUAGGGAAAGAAGCUUCUUACAGGAUUUGUUUUUCAAUAGCAAAGAACACAUUCUAUUGGAUUCGUUAUUUACCUUGAUGUCCAUCGAAGGAAAUCCUGAAGCUUCGGGUUUCACUGAUUUAGCUCUUUAUCAAACUUUGUUACUCUCCAAGUUUAUUAUUGAAUGCUCAGCUGAAGAUCAUGAGCGGUUUUUUUCUCUAUUACAAAUUUAUCAGUACUUUUCUGCUUUUAGCUCAGAACCGUGGAUUCGACUGAUCGCGAAUGACAUUGUGUUUCAUCUGUUAGAUUCUGUGUCCCCUGAUAUCCGUUUUAAAUAUGUUUUAGACACCUUGGAAGAAUGCCCUUUUGUAAAUGUUAAAGCUAGCAUUUUGAAUUACUAUCAAAAAAAUGGAUUACUUUCUAAACCGGUCGAAAACAAUCCUUUUUUCCUAAAAAAGAAUCUUUCCACAGUCCUUAAAAUUCUCUUUGACGAUUUAUUCGACCUUACGGCUGACCCUCUUUCUUUGAUUUAUUUGCAGCAAGCAUUAAUCUUUCUGUACUAUUUGAAAUUCCAAAAUUGUUUGGACUAUAAUGAUCAAGUCCUUCAAUUUUUAAAAAGAAUAGAAAAUUUUGUUCAGCAAAACGAAGAGAAAGUUCCAAAUCAGAAUUUAACUUAUUAUCUGGAGCUUUUACAGCCAAAAAAUUGAUUCCUUGCUUCGUAUCAUGAUUGCCUGAGCACCCAAAGAUGUACCAUUCGUUCACUUUAUAUUAAAAGACAUAUUUUAAAAAUCGUUUCUUUCUUUCUUUUUUCUCUCCCAGCUACAAAGUACACGAAACCAAAUAUGAUUUUCACACAACAAAUGCCUAAAAAAUUGCUAUAUUUUGAAUAUAGAACUGAAACCUAUACGUUAUCCAGCUUGAUAAAAUAAUAAUUUACUUUUAACAUAUUAC